AUGCGGAUGCCACUUCCUGUACCGCCUGCGUUGUCUUUCGUAGCAGUCCCUCCGGUAGCCGCUGCGGCACAGAAGUUUGCAGCUCCUCCAGGUGCGGCGCCUCGCCUCACCGGUCAGCCUGUCGGCUCUGAUCCGUACUACUACACGACUCCACGGGCUCUCGACCGCGUCGUUUCUUGCCACCCUACCUCGCCCCCAGUCCCUCCCAGAUCUGAAGGCAGAGACCUUCCUCUGCGGUCGGAAGUCUCUGGCUGUCCGGUUGCUGAGGGCCGCCGGCUGAACCCUGCUGCUGUCACGCCCCCCCGAGGGACUGCGGAGUCGCGUUAUUCGGAGGCGAGCUACCGCUCUCAUGCGCCUCUUGAGAGCCGCUACUACGUAGAGGGCGCGCAGAGCCUGAGUCAAACGGAGCGUGGAUUGGCAGAUCUCGACAUGCACUCCUUCGAAUUCGACGGAAAAUCUCCGUACACGCGCGGCGAGCGGCGAAAACUGCCUGAGGGAGAGAUGGGGCUGGAGAGUCGAAACGGAGGGUUUCCGCACCACGGUCCUCAGCGGAGCGCGUGGGUCGGGAGGCCAGACGAUCGCGGCGAGAGGUAUCGGAGAGAGCGCCUGGAAGAUGACGACUUCGAUCGACGGCCAUACGCCUCGGCGCGGCCGGCAUACAAGCAGACGGGAGGCCCUGUGCAGCAACGAAGUCCGAGCUAUUCACCCGACCGACGGGCACGGGGGCGAUCCGGCGGCCGGGAGCACGCAGGAUGGAGCUACCACGCGGCGAAUGGAGGGCGGCUGCCGGGGGCGCCGCCUCAACGCCAUCUGGAGGGCGAUAGGUACCAGUCGAAAGAUCCGUUUCAUGGGUCGGGAUAUUCCAGCCAGUCGCGCGAUGCCGGGGUUCCCGGGCGGAGGCCGUUUCUGGCGGAAAACCACAGACGGGGCAGCUGCCACCCGUGUGCGUUUUAUGCGGUGGGGAGAUGCAGGAAUGGAGAAGAGUGUCGAAAUUGCCACGAUGAAGAGCACAGCGAUCCCCGGAGUCCCCUGUUUGCUCUAGACGUUCUCCACAGGAAGGGCUUGUGCAUCGUCUGCAUCGACUUCAAAAAGAAGGGAAUGUGCGACGAUCCGGACCGAGCGCACGGAAUGCUGUAUUGUCACCACCCGCAGCACUGUUCAAGCACAGGCGACUACGCAGAAGAACGCAGAGACAAUGCGGCGUACUCGAGCGGCAGUGGGACACGACGAGCUCCUGCAGACCACUCGCCAAAGAUCCGCCGACCAGGAGGCGACUGGGGAGACUCGCAUGUUUCCUCGGGGCGAUGCAGGCAGCGAGAGGACGACUACGAAGACUACUCGGGACGGGAAAGCGCGAGACGGCGACUGCAGUCUCCCGAGAGAAGCUCGCGUGGCUACGGCUCUUCUGCUCGCCCGGACUCGGGGGUCAGUGGCGGAUCAAAAUACAUGUCGCCGGGGAAAGAAGACUAUUGUGGCCGAGAGAGGGGACCUGGUGGAGGCGGCUCGGGUGUACGUACAGCGUCUCUAGGUCUGAGUCGAGGUGUGCAGCCGUCGAAUUCGCGCAUGCAUCCGCCUCGAGCUUGUGAGGAACGCCGAUGCGUUCCUUGCGCAGUAUUUUUUGCGGAAGGACGUUGUCGACAGACCGACUGCUCCCGGUGCCAUGAACCCUGCCAUGGCACUGCGUCUUCCUCUCUCUUUUACCAGCGUGUUCUCCACGAAAUGAACCGGUGUGAGCCUUGCCGAGCGUUCGCUGAUGGGUGUUGUCCAGUGAAUGAAGCUGUCUGUCGUUUCUGUCAUGAUCCAAGCCACGCAGGCGACCGGCUUCCGGUUCUGAAGUCGCCGUCAGCGCCGUACUACGUUUCUCGCAGAGGGCCGUAUGAGGCCAAUCCUGGUCGAUCGGCGGGCGGAUCGAGUUACAGGGGGGGACGAGAGGACGACAGUUUGCGACGAAGAGAACCAUUGGGAGGCGGUCGAGGCGGAGGCGCGGAUGUGGGCAGUCGGGUUGCAGCAGGCGGAGAUUCAGACCGCAGUUAUCCGUCGCGGGGGCCGCGCGUUCAGCGUGUGGAGCGAGGCGGGGCAGCCUACGGAGGCGCGCAUCCGGAGCGGUGUGUUCCGUGUUUGUGGUAUUUCCAGCAUGUGACAGGAUGCGGGAAAGGCCGAUCCUGCACGGGGUGCCACCAUGAAGACCACCGAGACCCGCAAAGUGAUCUGCAUCCGUCGAAGCGAUUGCAUGUCCUUGGCAGGUGCGUGCCGUGCCGAAACCACUUUAAAGGCAUCUGUCCUCGACAGGCAGAAGCAUGCGGUUUCUGCCACCACGAAGAUCACGGAAAUGUGGUAGGGAGCAAAGACGACGGCCGGGCUGGGGAGGAAGAACGGAAAGAGGGGACAGAGCGGAAGGAACACGAUGGAAGCCGCAGCCACGAGACACGGUCCUCAGAGUCGGGGGGCCAGGCCACCGAGUGUAGUGUCGACGCAAGGGGGAACAAAGAGGGUGAAGGCUGCAGAGCGCCUGCCACGAGUGAGUUGGGGGAGAAGGCAGGCGGCGGAGAGACUGGGGGAACUGGCGGAUCGCCGGACUCGCGGGAGGACAAGCUGACGGAGAAGGAAUCUGGGAAAGAGGGAGACAGCAAAUCGGCACGGAACGCCACAAAAACCGCAGUUAGUUACGUCCGUCAGAGAGGCCAGAAUGAGCCUCGAGCGCACGAACGUGGUGUGUGCCGCCCGUGCGCCUUCUACUUCAUUGGCCCGCAAGGCUGUCUGAAACGGGAACGGUGCCCAGAUUGUCACCAUGCCGACCAUGCAAACCCUCAUUCUUCAGCGCACCCAUCAAAGCUGCUGCACUUGAAGGGCACGUGCAGACCGUGCAUUCCUUUCCAGCGCGGAAACUGCCAAAAGACUCCGGAGAACUGUGUCUAUUGCCACCACAGCAGUCACCUCGAUGAGGUGAGCCAGGACCGUGAGCUCGGCGACAGACACGCAGACGCGGUGGAGGAAAAUGAGCAAAUCGACGCGACCGAGUUCCCUGUUCAGGACCUCGACGAUGACCCGAGCUGCUGUCAAGAAGACCAUCCCGAAAGCUCCCCUUCCCAGCAACUGUCGCCCGGGGACAGUCGUCACUCGAGUCGACGUGGAGGUGAAUUGGGAGAGGCACCCCCCAACGGAGACCAAGGCAAAUCGGGUUCUUCUGAUGGAAGUGAGGUUGGCAGGGUGACAGAGUACACUGGCGUCAGCCUGGAUCAAGUGAAAAGGCCUGAGCAAGACGCAGGAGAUGCGAAGGGGAACACAGGCGGAGAAGACGCAAGCGUGGCAGACCAGUCUUGUCCGCUUGACGGUCCCCCCCGGCCGUACGGCGAUGCCUCUCAGGAUCCGGCGGUGGAAGAGGGAGCCAAGGACAAAAGCGCGUGA